AUGGGGGAGCUUGGGAGGGAAUCUAGCCAUCAGACGGGCUACGGUGUCCACGGGCAUGGAGCCAACCAUUCAGUUCAGCAGAUGUCUAGUAGUGAGUCAGGCGGUAGAUUCAAGUGUCCACAUCCUGCGUGUGACAAAUCGUUCACCAGACAAGAGCAUCUGUCCCGUCACAAGCUCAAUCAUUGGCCAAAAGAGAUUUUUAAGUGCUCGUAUGUGUUUCCUAACACAGGGCUAGUGUGCAAUAGGACGUUUGUGAGGAAGGAUUUGCUUGCGAGGCAUGUAAAGAGGCAUACAAAGACGGGGAGUAGGCUUCAGAACAAUACCGUUCCCAUUGGCGAUGAGUUUGUGUCAAGAACGGCAGGCGCCGCUGGCUCGGCCCCUCCCGUUUUACUGCCUCAGCAGUCGAUUGGAUUUGCAGGUCAGAGUGCAGGACCGUUGCCGACUGGUGAGGGCGUUCCAAUGCCUCCAGAACUCCAAUUGGGCGCAUAUCCAGUCCAACAGUACGGCCGUCAGACGAGACCGAACAGUCAGGAAUAUGGCACAGCUGCAAGCGGCAGCCGUUUGAACAACUCAGAAGGAAGUCAAAACGUCAGCCAGUUCUUCAAUUGGCUAUUCGAGAACGGUGCCGGUUCAGCAGGUCAACAGGCCAAUUAUAGUUCUAACAGCGUCAAGAACUCCUUGACUUCCUCCCCACUACCGACUAGUUCGGGCGGCACCUCGGAGCAGCCGCUGCCGAUUGGUAAUGUGCGAAACGCGUCCUCAGCCACCCAGCCCUUCAGCCCGACAGGGAACCAGUUCUAUCAAAAUCCGGGACCUCUUUUUCCGGAAGGCUCGCCAUCUGCAAGACCACUGCAAGGUUCCCAGGAGCCAAUCGCGACUUCGGCGAGUCUUACAAAGAUGCAGGACCUUUUCUCCAUCGAUUUUCUAACUAAUGAUCCAUUGCAAACUUUUAUGCAAGAACUAUCUGAGACCGCCGUGCCUUCUCAAGACCAUCAAGCGCAGAAUGAAGGAAACUUCAGUUCCUCUUCGGUCUCCCCGACUCAUUCCGAUCUUAUGGCUAGAGCCAAUCCACGGCUCAGUGAUAGACGCCGUAACAGCGUCAAGGAUAAUUUACUGGUCCAGAAAUCAAAUAUUGCGGAAUUACAAAGACAGACGUCCAAUGAGAAGAGAAUCGCUAACUCCCCAAACUACAAACAGAGAGUUCUUUCCUCGAUGAAAAUGGUACCGUCCUUUUUUCACUCGGAUCCAGCUACAAAGUAUAACUUAUCAAGCGAGAGCUACGAGAAGAUCAUUCAGAUAGUUCCAGAGCUUCGCGAAGUGUCUUUGGAUGACUUGAGAAUGUCGUUACGCUCCUUUUGGUGUAAUUUCCACCCGCAACUUGGACUUCUGCAUAAGCCAUCGUUUCAUAUUGACCAACAGCCUCCCAUUCUCACACUUGCUCUGAUCAUGGCUGGUGCAAGCUUCUUGAGCGGUCAUUAUCGUGAGACCAUAAGUGAUGUCAUUUGUACGCCUUUAAGGUGGAUCAUCUUCUCACAUGAGGACUUUCAACCACCUUCCAAGACCUAUAUCAUUCAAAGUCUCCUGUUGCUUGAAGGCUAUGAAAAAACUAGCACUAACAGAUAUCUGCAUGAGAGAUCAUAUUUACACCAUGGCACAACACUUCAGCUCCUGAGAAGAACACCGUCGUUUGGUGGCCAUCCCUUGAUUUUGAAAACCGAACAGGAUCCAACUGGUUUGCAGGAUCCUCAAGAAGUUUAUCGCCGAUGGAUUGACUUUGAAAUGUUGAAACGAGUCGCCUUCUAUGCUUUUUAUAUGGACACGACGCAUGCCGCGAUAUUUGGUUACUUGAACUUAUUUAUCAACUGCAAUCAAAUUCAGUUAACUCUACCUUGCUCGGACUCGGUGUGGGAAUCAUAUGAUCUGAGCUAUGAAGUGUUGCUAGAGCAAGGAUUCGAAAAGGAGCGUCGAACAUUUCUUUGCACAUUGAAACAGCUGAUGGGUGAGAUAAUUCAGAAUCUGCAGAACGCAAGCGAUCCCAGUAAGAAAGAAAAAAGUUAUGAGCUCAAAUCCUGGGAGGUGAAUAGUGUCUUUGGAAAAAAAAUACUUCUAGCUGGCAUCAUCUCUACCAUGUUCCAGUGCCAGGAGAGCAAUGAAGGCGAUUUGUUUGCCACCACAAUCAAAUGUAAUUUGGGAAAAGAGAAGGAAAACAUCUCGUGGCAAGAUGUUUUCUCCUUUGCUAUGGAUUACUGGCUUUAUCAGAUCCAGGGAAGCUGCACAGAGACAAAAUACUGCUUAAUAGACCCGUUUUUCUCACAGGUUGGUUCCAACCCAGAAGAAAACGCCCAAAGCCCCGGUAUGGCCUCAGACAUUUUUAGUAUAAAUUCAGACGUCGGUUGCAAGAUACCUGAAUACCAUAUGGCUCAGGUAAUACUAAGAAUAUACCAAUAUGAUUAUUACAUUUACAGUGGCGCGCCUUGGAGAAUGAACGUCCGCUCUGGGAAUGAGGAGUAUAACCUGGUUUCAAAACGUAUCAGCCAGUUUGCAUCUGACCCUCGAAGCGGUGGAGUAGCCAUGAUUUACGCCUACCAAUUCAUGUUUCAAAUGUUCAUCGACAAAAAAACCGGAGGAAUGAUCACCAAGCCCUACGACGUCAACUCUGAUUUUUGCAUCACACGACCCAACACAGUGGCAUUGCUGGCCCUGUUAAUAUGGUCUUACAACUUCUCGCUAUAUGGACCCGAGGCUCAUGUUUGGGACAACAAAGAACCUAGUCCCGCUCUCAAUGACGGCAGUCCGCGAGACCUAGAGAAUUCCAGCAGUCCGAUGAACCUGUACAAUAAGAGGGCGAAGGAAAGCUAUGUGCCAAAGGAGAGCUUCGAAGCCUAUCUGACAAGAAUGUAUCGGCUACUAAAUGUCGAGGACUCCUCUGAUGACGUUAUAUCAUACCACAACAACAUAUUGAGCAAGGCUCUCGUACUACAGACCAUCCCUGGCACCAACAAUCUUUGUGGAAUGAUGAUCUUUAUGAAACAGCUCUUCGAGAACAGUUACUGGGACUUGGGCCGCGAGUUUUCCAAGCUAUUCGACAACUGUCUCGAGCGUUCAAUGGGCAAGGCAGCGCCGAUCUGCGAAAGCAUGUACAAGGUUUAG